CACCCAGCAAUGUUGGCUUUCAGGAAUGGCUCCUCUCACCCCAUGUACUUCAUCCUGCUUGGAAUCCCAGGACUUGAGAAUUGCCAGUUCUGGAUUGCUUUUCUCUUCUGUGCCAUGUAUAUUGUGGCUGUCGUUGGCAACAUCACUGUCAUUCACAUAAUCCGGAUUGACCACAGCCUGCAUGAACCCAUGUACCUCUUUCUGGCCAUGCUGGCUGUCUCUGACCUGGUCCUCUCUUCUUCCACACAACCCAAAAUGCUGGCCAUAUUCUGGUUCCAUGCUCAGGAGAUUGAAUACCAUGCCUGCCUCCUCCAGGUGUUCUUCAUCCAUGCCUUCUCUUCUGUGGAGUCUGGGGUGCUCAUGGCUAUGGCCUUGGACCGCUAUGUGGCCAUCUGCUUCCCACUGCACCACUCCAGCAUCCUGACGCCAUCUGUAGUGGGCAAGCUGGGGGCCACUGUGAUGCUGCGAGGGCUGCUGUGGGUGAGCCCCUUCUGCUUCAUGAUCUCCAGAAUGCCCUUCUGUUCCAACCACAUCAUCCCCCAGUCCUACUGUGAGCACAUGGCUGUGCUGAAGCUGGUGUGUGCUGACACCAGAGUCAGCCGCAUAUAUGGUCUAUUUGUGGCCUUCUCGGUGGGGGGCUUUGACAUCGUAGUCAUCAGUGUAUCUUAUGUGAUGAUUCUGAGGACUGUGCUGGGGUUGCCCUCUGAUGAAGCCAGGCUCAAGGCUUUUGGCACAUGUGCAUCCCACAUCUGUGUCAUCUUGGCUCUCUAUAUCCCAGCUCUGUUUACUUUCCUCACUCACCGCUUUGGGCAUCAGGUGCCCAGGGUGGUCCAUAUCAUGUUUGCCAAUAUCUAUCUUCUGGUACCUCCCAUGUUCAACCCCAUCAUCUAUGGAGUGAAAACAAAACAGAUAAGGGAAAGAGUUCUUCAGGGACUCUGUUGCAAAGCCCCCUGA